AUGUCGAUAUCAGGACUUUGCAAGGAGGAUGUCGCUAUCCUUAACCGAGAGGGAGAGCGGCACUGUGCCAUCACUGAACUUCCACCACGUCUGAAUCUCUCACUUAGCAGCAGCGGCUCCAUGUCAGAAGCCAAUGAACAAAGGGUGGAUCAGAACCCUUCAGGAAACCAGUCUUAUUCUGCAGCAGCCCAGGAGAUGGAAGGCGCUGGAUUCAUGCUCACAUUUCUCCUUUGCAUCGUUCCGAAAGGCGUGUCUGCCAAAGGCUGGUCCAUGCACGUCCCAUCGGAGGUGACCGGUGAAAUUGGCAAGACAGUCGCUUUGCCCUGCACUUUCACGCACCCGCACAACACCUAUGACAAGACCCUGACAGCCAUUUGGCGGGUGAAGGAGCCUUACAACGGGACGGUUGUUUUCAAGUGCAUUACGCACAGCUCCAGCGACCUCUGCAAACCCACCAUGGGCUCACAGAGCAGAUACAAGCUCUUGGGGAACCCGCGGCAGAACAAUCUCUCGCUCCAGAUGGACAGCCUGACCUGGAACGACAGCAACAGAUACUUCUGCCGAGUCGAGUUCUCUGGGGAUUUUCACGACAAGUAUGAGAGCAGGAUGGGGCUCAGGCUCCACCUCAUAGCUCCCCCUAGGAUCGUGAACAUCUCUGUCCAGACCAGCCAGGAUCACGCCUUCCACGCAAAGUGCACGGCGGAAGGAGAGCCACUGCCUACCCUGACCUGGGCUGGGCCUCCUUCUGGCAACAUUACUUUGGCCUCAAGUAUGACCCACCAGAUAACCAAGGAGCUCCAGCACCUGACGCAUGACGGGAAAUACACUUGCACAGCUGUUAACAGCCUUGGGAGAGCAGAAGGGGCUGUGUACUUCUACAAAUUCAAAGCUGGGAGCAGCUCCUGGAUCCUGGUCCUCUUGUUCGUAGCCUUGGGGAUUAAAUUACUGGCAUUGGUGGUGAUCCUAGGGGUUGGUGCUUUCUGGAAGGGAGUUUUCCCCCCAUGCAUCACAGACAGCUUUAUGGCUCCAACCAGCCUAUCACGGCAACCAAUGCAGGAAUCUCCAUACGAAAACCUCAGCCGCAGGAUCAACUCCAUAAGCCAAAGUCUCCCUGAGCGAAAUCUAUAGAGUAAAGCCAUCUGGGCAUUAAGCUGUAUAUAAAUUAACAAAAUAAAUAAAA